AUGGACAAUGUGCCACAGAAGCGCCCUGAGCAGCCUGACGCCAGCAAUCACGCAUCACCGUCGCCCUCAUCCCCCCUAACUCUGCCUAACCGUCCGCGUGUCGAGAAUCCAAAUCGCCCCGUCGUGAAAAGUAAUGGUCGGCGCAAACUUUCGGCGUCCGCCGCGGUGAAUGCCCACUCCGCCUCCACAGAAGACGACGAUGAAGAUGAUUAUACGUCAUCAUCCGGCUCGUCGUUAUCCUCUUCUGAUGCCGAAGACGAUGAUGCCCAGAGCGAAACUGGCGGCGAUAUAAACAAGGACAACGAGGGGAUCACAUCCUUGCCGGCACGUCGAAAACCCGAUAUCCGUCGUAUCGAACAAGAGCCUAGCCUUUUUAGCAGGUUAUCUGCGUUUUUACCACAAAUGAAAUCUGCCAACGAGGAUUUGGAGCGGGAGAUUGCUGCAGGGCGGGCGAAGGAUAUACGGCUCGACGACGUUGAUGAGGAAAGCGAUGGCCAACGGGACGGUCAGUAUAUUGAGAUGAAUCUUGGACUCGGUGUUUUGGAAGAGAAACGCCCUGGUGAUCAGGACGAGAGGGAUAUUUCUGAUACCCAUGGACAGUCUGAAGACACAGAUUUGUUGGAUCGCUUAUUGGGGAAGGGAAAGACGUCUCCAUCGGCCAAGCCGUCCAUUCAGGACCUCGGUGAAUGA